GUCCUCUGCUUCCUAUCGGCAGGGUUUAUAAAUCUGUGAUCCAGGCCGUCCAGAAAUCAGACCAAAGACACCCGUUCCGGUCUCUGCUGGACAGGGACAUCUCGGUGUCCCCGGAUUCCGUCCGCCUGCUCGUGAACCGGUCUCUGGUCCUCCUUAACCGGUUCUCCGAUCAGAUGAGGAAGCUGCUGCUGGUGGAAGACAUGUUCGACUCUCUCAAGCUGGCUGCGGUCAUGUGGAUGAUGACGUAUGUCGGAGCGAUCUUUAACGGAGUCUCCAUCCUGAUCCUUGCGGACAUUAUUUUCUUCAGCACUCCGCUCCUCUACCAGAAGAAGAAGACACAGAUUGAUCAGUACACUGCACUGAUCCGGUCCAGAGUGGAGGAGAUGCUACAGAAGGUGCAGGACAGGUUACCUGGUGCUGUGAGAAGAUCCAAAGCUGAGUGACCAGCUGACACCACACUGUGGUCUGAUUGGUCCGUCUGUAAGCGAAUCAGCUGCUGACUGAUAAGAAAACUGCAGUGAAAUUGAGUGUUUGUUUUAUUCAAUUUGUUUCUCGAUAUUAAAAGAAGAGUUCACAU